AUGACGAUGACGCUCGAAAAGCUCAGUACCGGAAGUGGUGUUGGUGGCCUUGCCACCAUGGACCGUCACCGACGGUCGACCGACAGCUGCACGCCCGUGUUAAUGGACAAUUUCUACAUCGACAUACCGACACCGUCGACACGCAGUGUGUCACCGCUCUCGUCCUCGGUGUCUCCCGGGAAGGAUAAAUCAUUCAGCUUCUUCCGGAGCGUGUACCGCAAGAUUAGCCUCAAGUCGCACGACGAGCUGAAUCAACUGGGAACUACACACGGGGACGAGGAUUCGCACAGCUCGUCCGUCGACUCCUGCUCGUCGAUCAGCGAUCACCAUCGGGAGCACCUGCCAUCGUCGGCCGCCAAGAGCCACGACGGUGCGGACGACGACGGGGAAUACGAGGAAGACCAGCUGCGGUACUCACGAAACGGCAGCAGAAGGACCAAGCUCCAGAUGCAGCUGCGACUCUCGGAACUGGCCGCACUCUCCGGUGCCUCCAGUGAAAUGACCGUCAAUGGCGUCAAGGAGGCGGGCGGUGAUGUCUCAGGCUCGGGAGUGCAGGAUACGCGCCGGAAGUCACGUCGCUCGUCGGUGCUAAAGCUACUGGAGAGCCUUGCCAUCAGUGCACCGAUCCGUUCGCGGUCCCUGUCGUGCAGUAGCAGCUCGGUCAACAAUCUGCUACACGGCAAGGGCCGUGACUCGCGCACCGAGUCCAAGUGUUCACUGUUCAGCACCAACAGCAACGGUGCCAACGGUGAGCGGAGCAAGGAAUCCAACAAACCACCGCCGAAAAAGAUCCUCCGCCGGCCAGUGUCCUACACGUAUCUGAGAGGUAUCUCCGGGCUACCGACACAGCGCGUUCCGCGGUCGUCCAUCUGCUGCAGCUACUACGGGCGCUAG